GUACCAUGUUCUGUUUAAUUAUUCUAGUUCCAGUGGGGUUUCCAAAUAUAAAAGGCUUUAAAAAAACUCAAAAAACCACUUCCCCUCCUGACGCCUUUUCCUGGCAGAUUGAGAGAGAAUAUUUUAACCACUCCCAUAAAGACAUGCUGUUUCAGCCUAAAUGAUUGUCCCCAAUUCUUUCACAAGGAGAACGGGUUGAAUGAGUCUCAUUGGCAAAACAGCAAUAUGAGUGUUGGCCUUGCUCAGCCUAGAGUUCGGGUUUUAAAGAAGAAGGAUCUCUCAGAAAAAAAGCAGAGUAAAUAUGAACUGCCCAAAUUUUGUUCUCAUUUACGAACAAGCCUAGUAGAUAUCACUGAAAAGACUGAAGAUGCAUUAAUACAAAGUUCCAAUUUUCAUAAAAAUAAUCUCCCAGGAUAUAUGGCAGUUACUACUCCAUCUAAUUCCAGGUGUCAUGGUGCUUCUGCAGACUCAUUAUUACUUGAUGUUCAGUCAAUGAGAAUUGCUAAAGAAGAUAUGGAUGAAGACAGCUUCAGUGAUCGAGCUGAUUCUGAAAGGAUUUUUCUUCCUCCUUUCUCUUUUUCACCCUUAGAACGUAACCACAAAGCUGAAGAAAUUGAUCCAGUUUAUUUUGAUCACCUUCAUGAUCUGGGAUGUAAAGAAUCGGAAUAUUACUACCCAGACAUACUGCCACCCCCAUUUAAUUCUUGGGAUCUUCAGCAGAUGGCUGUAUUUGUAAAUUCAGAGGGCAGAUCUAAUACCUGCGAAAGGCCACCAAGAUUACUGGAGAAGUAUGUUGAUAGAAUCAUUCAGUUGGAGUGGCUACAGAUGCAAACCAUACAGAGUGAAAAAAGAAAGUUAGGUAGAACAAGGCCUCAGACUGCUCCAAGCAAUAUAAGAGCUUUAAAAAGCCCUGAAAAAAGCAAGAUAUUGGAGAAUCCAUUUCCUUCCAGGCAAGAGGCUCAGCAGGGAAGGGUUUCAAAACUCACCACCAAUCAUGCACAUCACUUUUACAGGAAAAAAGUUCAUUAUGAAGAAGUCCAUACAUCAUAUUUUCCAUAUCAGAGCUCUCCUAAAGCCGCUGAAGUCGUAGGGGAUGGAUUAAGUCUCCAAAAGCAAACAAGUAAAAUAAGACAAAAGGGAAAGAAGAAGAAGCCAAGAGAAAUUACCAAACAGCAACAUUUUGCUAUGCUGUCCUAUGUUAGUAAUGCUAAGUGUCAGGGGAUUGAUAACAUUAAACUUCCCAAACAGUCACCUGUGUUUCUCAGCUCUGCAAUCCCUUUGAAGGGAUUCAAAAUAUGUGAGCCCGUAAAUCCUAAAAAGAGUGGAUAUGUGAAUAAUAAGUGAGAGAAAAGUGAGAACAAAUGCAAUACAGCAAACAUCGUAUAAAUUUAAAUAAUUAUACACAAUUUAAAUAACCACACACUAUACAUAUACUAUGCUAAACACUACCAUUCGAUUACCAUGCCAAAGACUAAGUAUCAAAAUGCUUCUGUGGGGAAAAGAAGCACAGAAGCGCAAGAAGCACAUUUCCUAUCAUGUUUUGGAAAAUUCAGAGGAAACAAGCUUACUUGACAAUUCUUUUGCUAGCAAAAGGAAUUUAAAAUUUAUUUUAUACAUACAAAGGUCACCCCAAAAGAAGUAGCAUCCGAUGAACUUUGCCCUGGAUUAAUACUUCCAGGCAUCUAAUGAAAGCUUGUUAGGUAAAAAUAAACUCAUACUCUUUAGAUGAUAUGAACGGUAAGUGCCAUAUUGGGAUUUACUUUUUCCUGGAGAAGAGCCAACUGUGUUCAUGAGCUCAAAGGUCAGCAUAGUCCUAACUAUGCAGACCUGACUUUUUUUUCCCCUUGUUUGUGACUUCAUUUGUACACUACUACUAUGCUAGGUGAAAUGAGGUAGCAUUCUACAAGUGAGAUGGGACAGGGAUUGGGUUGGAACAAUUUAUUUUUAUUUUCUUAGUGCUCGAGACAGUAAAACAGUAAAAAUCUCUAAGAGAAAAUUUCAAGUCUUCUUUCAGCAUAACUUUAGUUGCUUCCCACUAAAUUAGUUUCUCUUAAUAGAUUGGGUUUUGAUGCUUUAUAAUAAUAAUGAUAGCAUUUAUUAAGCACUUACUAGGUGCAAAGCACUGUUCUAAGC